AUGUCGCCCGUGCAUCUGGCCGCAGAGUUGGGGGACGAGCAAAUUUUCAGGCUGCUGAUUUAUCAAGGGGGCAACGCAAGGAAAGAGACUCCAUGCAGGCGCACUCCACUGCAUUUGGCAGCCCACAAUGGGCACAUGGCUGUGGUGCAGCUGAUCAUCGAGAAUGGAUGCAAAGUGUCUGCAAGGGACAAGUCCGGGAUGACGGCGCUGCACCUGGCCUGCCAGAAUGGCCACACUCUCGUAGCGGCAGAGCUCCUCGAUGCCGGGGCCGAAAAGCAUGCACUGGAUGCAUCUGGGGAGACCCCACUUCUGGCCGCAACAAGGGGUGGCCACCUAGAGACAGUCUGUCUGCUCCUCUACUGGAAGGUAUACCCAUCGUUCGCCUCCACCGAUGGGACCACAGCCGUGCAUGUGGCAGCUGAGAAUGGAAGCCCCGAGCUGUUGAACGCGUUGCUGGCAGCUAAGGCGGACCCUCAUGCACUGAACUGCCGCUAUGAGACACCCCUGUGCCUUGCGGCACGGGGUGGGCAUUUGCUGGCGGUGGAGAGGCUCAUGGUGUCCAUAACCUGGAUCAGGGGCCUUGAUAUUGACGAUGCCGACGCCCAGGGGCGCACGCCACUGCACGGGGCAUCUGCAAAUGGUCACACAGGGGUUUUGAAGGCGCUGCUGGAAGGCGGCGCUGCAUGGAACGCGAAGGACGUUGAGGGGCGAACGCCAUGGGACGUGGCAGGAGAGAACGUUGGCGGUGAGGCUUCGUUGGGCUGCAACAUGGUGCGACAGGCAUUAUCGAUGGCAGCUGCCCAGCAACAGGAAGUUGACAAGAUGUUGGCAAAGAAGAGCAGGAGCAUGCACUGCAGCAGCAGAAGCAGGAGCGGCGCCUCAGGAGGCAUAUCUGCAGGAACCACAGAGGGACCUGCCCUGAGCAGGUGCAUGCCAGGUGCUUUUCUUUGCCCAAUAACCAAGGGGAUCAUGAGGGACCCCGUGGUGGCCGCCGACGGGCACACGUACGAGCGUGCUGCCAUUGCUGAAUGGCUGGAGGCGGGCAGGGCGUCGCCGGUAGCUGGUGAGCCCUUCAAUCACGCGGACUUGCAUGCCAACAGUUUGCUGAGAGCAGCCAUCGAGACCUGGCAUGAGAAAACGGCCAACAGUAAGGAACACGGCUGA